AUGAGAGGUUUCGACGCGCGACUGCUCAGCGCACGUGGCCAUAGGCUGAGUCCGCGGACGACUACCUCUCACACCCCAUUUCUUGAGCCCGCGAUACGGACAUGGCUUGUGCCCUGCCGAGCCAGUUCGGCUCAGUCCCAGGCGCAGGAUCGGACAAAGUCCUCGUACCUUGAACGCACGACGUCGAACCCGGCGACUUCAUGCUACGAGGAAAAGCCCGCGUACCCGUCCAUACCGCUGGAGGGCUUCGUGCCCACGACACCCAUCUCGGAGCGAGAUCUCGCGAGCACGAGACCCGCGAAGCUGGAGACGCCGACGCCCUUGAAGCAGGAAAAUUACAAUGAUGGCCAGAUUCCCGUCGGCGACCGGGCGAGAUGGUUCUUCAGUCUAGGCAAGUCAUAUCUGGCCUUUUACAAGACGGGGUUCAAGAACGUGUGGCACAAUUACAAGGAACUGAGGAAGAUUCGCGCGAAGGUGGGAAACCGCACGCUCGAGGAUGUGGUCAAAUACGGUACCAGUGGCAGCGGCGCGGCCUCAGGAUCGGUCCCGGUCCUCACGCGCAAGGACUACCAACUCGCUCUCCGGACACGGCACGACGUCGGCAAACUGGUGCCCUUCUCCAUCGUCUUCGCCAUCUGCGGCGAGUUUACUCCCCUCGUCAUCCUGGCCAUCGGAUCCGCCGCCGUGCCCUACACGUGCCGCAUCCCCAAGCAAGAGCAGGGCGAUUUCCUGCGUCCCGUCAAGAUCCGGCCCAAGUACGCGGCACAGGUGGACAGGAUCCUCGGCGCGGCCACGGAAGAAUCCCAACAGUCCCAAAGCGGCGUCGGUGGCGUGCAAAACCCAAAUGGCUCAAACAUACAGUGGAAGCAGGAGUUCGUCCAGGCCUACCGCCUGCAUGUAAAUCCGUUCUCAUACCCCCUUCCGGUGCUGGGCCGGUGGUGGCAUAGAGUCUACUCGCGCCCGCGACUGCGGCGGCACUGCGACGAAGUCCUCUGCGACACGAUCCUGGUCCGGCGGGAGGGCGGGUUUGCGAGGCUGUCGCCGCGCGAGGUCUUUGAGUGGAGCCUGAAAUACGGCCUGCGCACGCUGACGGAGUACUUGGACGAUCUGCACCGCGAGGGUGUGCCUAUCGACCCGGACUCGGCCGAGCUGAAGAAACUGUUGUUACCUGUCGUCGAGGCCGAGGCCGAGUAUAUCCUGGCUGUCGACUGGGAGCGGCUUAGUCCGCAGAAUCAUUGGCUCUCGGUCUUUAGGCCCAUUUGGCCAGAGAGGCCCGUCACGCCGGAUGAUGUGCAUCUUGCGGAGCGAUGA